CCGAAAGAAUAUGGAUUCUCGCAGUGUGUAUAUGUGCGUGCGUUGACUAGUAUCGAGAAACUGUCUCGUUUGAUUUGUUCUAUACAUUAACGAAUACUUCAUGUUUUAAACAUACAUUACUUAUUUUUUGGUAUGAUCAAAUCUAAACAUAUUUUUAUGUAAGUCACUUCUAAAUCUCGCAUCUUUAUCUUAAACAUGGGAGAUUCAGAAACGAUAACCAGUACUUCAAUACCCUUAGAAUCCAUAAAAGUUAUAGCAGAAAGUAUUGGUAUAAGUAAUUUGACAGAUGAACCAGCUAAAGAAUUAGCUGAUGACAUUUCUUACAGGUUGAAGCUCAUUAUUCAGGAUGCUGCUAAGUUCAUGCACCAUGCCAAAAGACAGAAGCUGACUGCUUCUGAUAUAGAUCAUGCCUUGAAAAUAAAGAAUAUUGAGCCUCUAUAUGGAUUUUCUACAAAUGACCAAAUUCCAUUCAGAUUUGCUUCGGGUGGUGGUCGGGAGCUAUAUUUCAAUGAAGAGAAAGAACUUGAUCUAAAUGAAAUCAUUUCUUCUGCCAAUGCCAAGUUACCCCUGGAUGUUUCAGUUAGAGCUCACUGGUUGUGUAUUGAUGGUGUGCAGCCAACCAUCCCUGAAAAUCCUCCCCCUGUUUCCAAAGAUCUUCAAAAAUUGGAGGCAAUCGAUCCUCUAAGUAAAUUGAAUAAGACCUCCAAAGAAAAAGUUGAUGUCUCUGGAAAACCAUCUUCUGGGAAAUUUCACAAAUUGCGGAAUGUUGAAACAGUUCAUGUUAAACAACUCGCCACUCAUGAAUUAUCGGUGGAACAGCAACUUUAUUACAAAGAGAUAACAGAAGCUUGUGUUGGGUCUGAUGAAGCUCGGAGAGCUGAAGCUCUUCAAAGUUUGGCAUCGGAUCCAGGUCUUCAUGAAAUGCUUCCUCGAAUGUGCACAUUCAUUGCCGAAGGUGUAAAAGUGAAUGUGGUUCAGCAUAACUUAGCACUUCUGAUAUAUUUGAUGAGGAUGGUCAAAGCUCUUCUUGACAAUCCUUCAUUGUUUUUAGAAAAAUAUCUUCACGAACUAAUACCUUCAGUGAGCACUUGUAUAGUGAGUCGACAGCUGUGCAUGAGGCCGGAGCUGGAUAACCAUUGGGCCCUCAGGGAUUUCGCUGCUCGGCUCAUGGCACAAAUUUGCAAAAAUUUCAACACAUCCACGAAUAAUAUUCAAACGCGAGUUACCCGUAUGUUUGCAUCAGCUAUCAACAAUGAAAAAACUCCCUUGUCUUCACUAUACGGAGCUCUUGAAGGGCUGUCUGAACUUGGUGGAGAAGUUGUUAAGGUAUUUAUUUUACCAAAGUUGAAAUUGAUCGGAGACAGGAUAGAAAGCUGUACGAGUAGCAGUGACAAAAUUGCAGUCGGUCAUAUUAAACAUUUGAUUCUUAAAGUUGUACAUCCAGUUUUGAAGAGCUUGAGACCCGGUCCAGACAUAGUAGAGGAAUAUAGAGCAGAAUUCGGGAGCCUAGGUCCUGCUUUGCAUCAAGCCGUCAUCAAGGCACGUCUUACCUCUGCUCAGUCGUCAUCUGGGAAUAUAUCUAUUAAUCAGCCCACCAUUAUUCAGUCAGGUGGAGCUGAUUUGUUGCUUUCUCAGAAUAAUACAGCUCGUACAAUCGUUGUGGGAAGUGUACCAAGACCGCAACUCCAAAAUCAAGUUUCCCAAAGUAACAGUACACAAAAAUACGUUUUUGUCACUUCUAGACCUCCGCCUUCCCAAUCUCCCUCUCAGACUAACCAAGGACAAACACAGAAGCCGAUGUUUAUGACGCAGCACCCUCAGAUCAAGAUGGAAACAGAUGAUCACAUUUGAUGCAGAGCAAUUAGAUGAUUUAAUGAAAAGCCUUCUAUUGUAUAUAUUUUAGUCAUGUAAAUAAAAAAAAAAUUACUUUUUCAAAAUGAAAUUGUAUAUGAUGUAAAUAUAUAUAAAUUUUUAAAUUGUUUAAAUUUUUUUGAAUAAUUACCAAACUAGCCACAUUGUUG